CAUGCGCAUUAAAGGAUUGCGAGAGCGUGUCUAUAAAGUUGUCGGACAAAGUUACAGUUUACUCAGAUGUACGUUUUUUGGUUCUUCACUGACAAGAAGAUUGGUUUUAUUACCUGCAGGAGAAGACUGAGACAGGCGGUGAGACAGACAGAAACUAAAACAGACGGAGCGGAGAAGGUCCGACGUUGAGGCGGAGACACCGAGGCGAGACAAGCAGCGCCACCGCCCUCAUGAAGAUCGAGAUCGCCCCGCUGAACAUCCCGCUGCGAAGGAGGCUGCAGACCGCCGCCGUCCUGCAAUGGGUCUUCUCCUUCCUAGCUCUAGCUCAGUGCUGUCUGGCUGCCUUGAUCCUCCUGGCUCUUUCCGAUUGGUGGAUGCUGGCCCUACUUUACGCUGGUUGGCUGUGGUUGGACUGGGACACGCCCACCAGCGGAGGUCGGAGGUCACACUGGGUCAGGAACUGGAUGGUCUGGGAGUACUUCAGGGAGUACUUCCCUAUAACGCUGGUGAAAACCGUCGAUUUAGAGCCAAAGAAAAACUACAUAUUUGGAUUUCAUCCUCAUGGUGUACUGGUAGCGGGGGGGUUUGGGAACUUCUGUACGGAGGCGACCGGUUUCUCUCGUCUGUUUCCUGGACUGAGGCCUCACCUGCUGAUGCUGCCAUUAUGGUUCAGAUUCCCGCUCUUCAGAGACUACAUCAUGUGUGCAGGUCUGGUGUCGAGCUCUAAGUCCAGUCUGUCCUACCUGGUCAGUCGUCCCGAAGGAGGUAAUGUGGCUGUCCUUGCAGUGGGCGGAGCUCCAGAGGCUCUGGAAGCGCGGCCAGGUGCUUUAACACUGCAGGUGCGAAACAGGAAGGGGUUCAUCAAAUUGGCUCUCAAGCACGGAGCUCAGCUGGUUCCGGUCUUUUCUUUUGGAGAGAACGAGUUGUUUGACCAGAUGGAGAAUCCCACCGGCUCUCCUCUCAGGAUGCUGCAGAACCGGCUGCAGAGCAUCAUGGGAAUAUCGCUACCACUGUUUUAUGCCAGAGGAGUUUUCCAGUACAGUUUUGGCCUGAUACCAUACAGGAAGCCCAUACACACCGUCGUGGGGAAGCCAAUCUCGGUUGUACAGACUCCCAGUCCGACCAGUGAGGACAUCAACAGUCUUCACAAAGAUUACCUGCAGAGUCUGAUGGACCUGUUUGAGCAGCACAAACGCACCUAUGGCCUCAGUGAGGACCAGCACCUCACCUUCACAUGAUCUCACACAUAUCACCUUUCUGUAAGCAUCUGUCACAUGACUGUCAGCUGAUCCAGCUGUGGAUGUUAAACUGUUGGUGUCAGCAGUCUGCCUUUCUAUCAGACAGCACCAUGCUAACUGUGCUAGCAGGGCUCAUUGAACAGGAAAAGCUAAUACUGGUGCAGAUCUCACAGAUUUAAAUGGUGAAUGCUAAAUGAGGUUUCCUGGUACGUGUAGGAGCUUUGUUUUUGUUGAGUGUUUGUUGUGUUCCUGUUUCCAGAUGAUGUUGUAACAGCUGACAGGGGACAUGGAACAGUCUGAUUGGUUGGUUUGUGUGUGAAAGUCAUGUGACAGUUUGUUUAUUAAAUCAUUGAUAUUCAGAGUAAA